AUGCCCUUCGGACUGAAAAAUGCGGGAGCGACGUACAGCAUGAAACUGAACCCGGUGAAAUGCACAUUUGGGGUCACUUCCGGCGAAUUCCUAGGAUACCUCGUUACAAAGCGCGGUAUAGAAGCAAAUCCGAAGCAAAUUUCGGCAAUCAUCAACCUCCCAUCUCCAAGGAACACCCGUGAGGUACAACGCCUAACUGGGCGUAUUGCCGCACUGAAUCGAUUCAUCUCUCGUUCCACGGACAAGUGCUUACCAUUUUACCAGCUCCUUCGCGGAAACAAACGUUUUGAAUGGGACGAAAAAUGCGAAUCGGCAUUCAGCGAAUUAAAAGACUAUCUCUCAUCUCCCCCAGUGCUUGCUAAGCCGGAACAAGGGGAAACUCUGUAUCUUUACAUCGCCAUCUCCAGUUCGGUUGUAAGUGGCGUGCUUGUCAGAGAAGAUUGCGGAGAGCAGCAUCCUAUCUUUUAUGUGAGUAAGACCCUUGAUGGUUCCGAACUCCGAUAUCUGACUCUCGAGAAGCUAGCAUACGCAGUCAUAAUUUCUGCUCGGAAGCUCCGCCCCUACUUCCAAUCUCACACUGUUGAAGUCCUGACAAAUCAGCCUCUACGGACAAUUCUCCAUAGCCCAAGCCAAUCAGGACGACUUGCGAAAUGGGCCGUAGAAUUGAGCGAGUACGACAUAGAAUACAAAAAUCGCACCUGCGCUAAAUCACAAGUUCUCGCAGACUUUCUCGUAGAACUCCCUCAUGAAUUUGAAACUAGCACUCCUCCACCUGAAAUAUGGUCGCUUCAUGUUGAUGGCGCUUCAUCAAAGAUGGGCUCAAGAGCAGGCGUACGCCUAACCUCGCCGACAGGCGAAAUUCUGGAGCAAUCCUUCCGUCUUGCUUUCUCUGCCUCAAACAACGACGCAGAGUACGAAGCACUAAUCGCUGGACUGCGUCUCGCACACGGAAUCAGUGUUAAGAAGAUCCAAGCUUAUUGCGAUUCACAGCUGGUAACGCGUCAAUUCAGUGGCGAUUAUGCAACAAGACACGCGCACAUGGAUGCCUACCUGAAAGUCGUCCGUAACUUGUCCCAAAAGUUUGAAUUCUUUGAGCUCGUCAAAAUCCCUCGAAGUGAUAAUGCCCCAGCUGAUGCACUUGCGACGCUUGCUUCCACAUCAGACCCUAAUCUCCGCCGAGUGAUACCUGUAGAGAGCAUCGACCAAUCAAGCAUCGACGUCAACCUUUUGUCUCCCGCUCCAGCUGCAUUCCUCGACACCACGCACUCAACAGAACCAAACAACGUCUUAGCAGUCACAAGAUCUCCCUCGACGGAUUCCACCACGCCAAACAUUCCAGCUACGCACUCACCAGCACCCACUGCUCCUUCGCACGUUGAUUGGCAGACCGAGAUUAUAGCAUAUAUCAUGGACGGAAUUAUGCCAAAAGACAAGUGGGAAUCACGGCGUCUUCGAGUUAAAAGCGCACACUACACAAUGUUGGACGGCAGUUUGUUUCGUUGGGAUGCCAAUGGCGCUCUUCUCAUCUGCGUUAAUACGAAGGACAUCAAUGACAUCAUGCGAGAAGUUCACGAAGGCACUGGCGGAAACCACUCUGGAGGUCGUUCUCUAGCACUUCGAAUCCGCCGUAACGGACAUUUUUGCCCAACCAUGGUCGCCGAUUGCACCGCUUUGCAGCCAAGUGCGAAAAGUGUCAGCGUCACGCACCAUUUAUCCACUCUCCAACAGAGCUACUGCAAAUAA